AUGAAUUCUUCAACUUCUACACAAAAUUUAUCAAAUUUUCAAUGGACAUGGUCAUUAAGAACAAUUAUUGUACUUAUUAUAUGUGGUCUAAUAACUAUUGUUACUAUAUUAGGCAAUGGUCUAGUAUUACUUUCAAUUAAAUUUCGUUUACGUGCUCGUUCUUAUUCGGAUUAUUUUAUUGUAAGUUUAUGUUUAGCAGAUUUUUUUGUUGGUCUAUUUGUUAUGCCGCUAAUGACAUUACAUUCAAUUCAAUUAAAAUGGCCAUUUCAUUAUCAUUAUUGUUAUAUAUGGAUGUCAAUUGAUUUUACUUGUUCUACAGCAUCUUUUUUAACACUUGCUUCUAUGGCAUUAGAUAGAUAUUAUGCAUUGACUGCACCAUAUUUUCAUUUACGCAAUCGAUCACGUACAUCAGUUUUGAUAUUUAUUAUAAGUUCAUGGGUUAUUCCAUUUGCUAUAUGGCCAAGUUCAAUAGUUAUUGCACAUUAUUUCAAUCCUAAAAAAACAGAAUGUAAUCAUCCAGCACAUCCAUAUAUUAUUGUUAUAUUAUGUACAUUUUUUUAUUAUAUUCCACUUUUAUUUAUGUUAUGUUGUUAUUCGAGAAUAAUAGUUAAUAUUAAAAAUAUUGAAGUUAUGAUCAAAGGUACUUGGGGCACAAUUAAAUAUAAUCCAACUGAUUAUGAUUAUACAAACAAUGUAACAAAUCAUCAUGAUUAUGGUCCAACGAAUGAUAAACAUAAUCAUACAACAACGUCAUCAUCACAAUCAAAUUCAUCCUUACGUUCAUUAAUUGUAAGAUAUUUUCAACGAAAUUCUUCUAAACCUCCUUUUCAAAAUCCAAUCAUAUCUGGUAAUGAUAGUCCAUAUAAUCUAUCAACGAAUCGUUCUACUAGAAGAGGAACUUUAGUUAAUAAUAGUCUAACAUCUACUAAUUUAUUACCUAUUAAUGUUCAUCGUUCAAAUCGUCAAACAACAACAGCAACAUUCACAGGACAAAAACGUUGUUUAACUGAUGUUAUAGAAGAACAUCGAUCAAAAACUGAUUUAUUAAUAAAUCAAGAAGAAGAAUUAGUUCGUACACGUUUAAGUACUCGUACAUCAUCAUUACCAGCUGCUCGUUGUGUAUCUUAUUAUUAUUCACAAAAUCAAACAGUAUUACAAGCAAAAGUUUUUGAUGAUCAAUCACGUUCACGAUUAAAUUCUAUAUCAAAUGAACGAAGUCGUUCUCAAUCACAUUCAUCUAGUCAAGGUAUGGCAAAUGGUGGUAUAAUAACAACUGAUAUAUCUGAUCAUAGUUCAUCAUAUGAUAAUGUUCUUGAUGAAGAUCAUCGUCGACUAAAUCGACGUAAUCAACAAUCAAAUGUAUCGACAUCAUUUAAUUCAAGUCGUUAUAGUCAACGUGCUAUAGCACAAUUUAUGCAUGAAAGAAAUAAAGCAAGAUUAAGACGCAAUCAAAAAGCAAGUCGAAUGUUAGGUAUUUUACUUGCUGUUUUUCUUAUUUGUUGGCUUCCAUUUACAAUAUCAUAUCCUACAAUGAUGUUUUUUCCUCAAUUUACUGAAUUUGCUCCGCAAUUUGAAAGUAUUAUAUUUUGGCUUGGUUAUGUGAACUCUUUACUCAAUCCAUUUUUAUAUGUAUAUAGUUCACGGAAUUUUCGUAAAGCUAUUAUGGAAACAUUAUGUUGUUGUACUCGAUAUAAAGCAAGAGAACAUUUACGAUAUCAAUGGUCAGUUCGAAGUUAA